AUGGCCCCUCCAAGAUCUAAUAGAAAUCCGGUGCCCAGGAAGAAGGUUGCUAUCAUAGGCAGUGGCAGUGCGGGCAUCGGUGCGCUCUGGGCCCUCAACCGCACCCAUCACGAUGUCUACCUAUACGAAGCCGCCGACAGACUUGGUGGCCACUCCAACACGGUGGAAUUUCACAAUGGGAAAUUCAAGACUUUGGUUGACACGGGAUUCAUUGUUCUGAAUACUGCCACUUAUCCGAACUUUAUCAAUUUUCUCAACGCCGUCCAUGUUCCUACAGUACCAACGGAGAUGACUUUUGGAGUUUCGAGGGACGAUGGCUUGUUUGAAUGGGCCGGGACGUCGCUAGCUGCUGUGUUUGCGCAGAGGAGGAAUCUACUGUCGCCGAGGGUGUGGAGGAUGAUCUUCGAUAUAAUACGCUUCAACCAGUUCGCUCUGGACCUCCUGCAAGCGGAAGAGAGAAGCGAGGAAUACGUGGCUGGAAAAGAGAACGGGCACUCGAACGGGAACGGGUGGCAUCAUGCCGAGAAACAGGAGACGAUUGGGGAAUACCUGGACCGGGAGGGCUACUCGGAUGCGUUCAAGGACGACUACCUUAUUCCAAUGACCGCUGCGGUCUGGAGCACGAGUCCGGAUAAAUGCACGCUGGAAUUUCCUGCCGUGACGUUGGUGCGGUUCAUGUGGAACCACCACCUCCUCAGCACCGUCGCCGCGAGGCCCCAAUGGCUGACUCUGAAAUACGGCGCAAAAUCCUACAUCGACGCCGUCAUGAAAGGCUUUCCACCCAACCACAUCUUCCUCAACUCCCCAGUUCAAUCCAUCACCAACGAUUCUGACGGAAAAGUGCGCCUGCACCUCCCUGAUGCAAAAUCAGAAGUCUAUGACCACGUUAUUCUCGCCACACACGGCGACGAAGCCCUCUCUCUCAUCAACGCCGAAGCAGACCAGGAGGAGAAGUACAUCCUCGGAGGGUUCAAAACUAGCCAAAACACUGCCAUUCUGCACUCCGACCUUUCCCUGAUGCCGAGAUCACGAAAAGCCUGGUCGAGCUGGAACUACAUCACAAAAUCCUCGCCGACGGGUGCCAACGUCGACCAAGUGUGUCUAACAUAUAACAUGAAUAUCCUGCAGCACAUUGAACCGGCCGUCUUCGGCAACGUUCUUGUCACGCUUAACCCCCUGCACCUCCCCCCGCCGGAGACUGUGCAGGGACGCUACACGUACACGCACCCGCUGUACAACGCCGCCGCGAUCCACUCCCAGAGCCUCCUACCUCGCAUUCAAAACACGCGCGGCAUCAGUUACUGCGGCGCCUGGACCAAAUACGGCUUCCACGAGGACGGCUUCUCGUCUGGGCUGCAGGCUGCGCAAGACCACCUGGGCGCGAGGCUGCCCUUCCGGUUCAAGGACAGCACUUUCAGCCGUGGCCGGAAACCUGAGCUAGGGAUUGCGGACCAGGCGCUGCGGCUGGCGAUUAUGGCCGUGCAGUCAUUUGUUGAGUUUGUCGAGAUGGUCUGUAGAGUUGAUCGCCGGAAGCGGGUGUAUGGUGCCCCGAUGGGCAAGAUUAAGAAGGUGGCUUAA